CGCCGUCGGCGGGCCAGCGGCCGCCGCCGGAGACGGACCUGGACGCCAUCGUGCGCAGCCUGCAGGAGUGCAUCGACGAGGCGUCUCCCAACAAGGAGAAGGCCAAGAGCCUGCUCAACCUGGACAAGAACAUGGAGUUCACGCUGGCGCAGGGCGUCGACUCGCGCGCCAAGUCGAUGGAGUUCCUGCUGGACGACGAGAACAAGAGCGCCGUGCAGCCGCCGGAGAAUCAGCUGAUGCGCGGGGGCCGCCAGCUGAGUGAGCACGAGCUGCGCUUCCAGCGGUCGCUGCGCAACCUCAACACGCCCGAGUGGUACAAGAAGUCCAGCAAGCCGGACACGUCGUUGCGACGGGACUAUGGCGGCUGGUCCGGCUUCAACUCCAAGUCGACGUCGAAGGAGAGCCUGCAGUCGAGCCGGUGCACCACGCCCACCGCCCAGUCCAAGGUGGUGAUCCCGACGCGCGUGCGGCCGCCCGACUGGCGCUACGUGCGCGCCACCUCGCGGGAGAGCCUCACCAGUCCGGGCUCCGGCGCCGCCUCGCCAGCGCCCAGCGACCGCAGCGGCCUCUACUACGGCGGCGCGUACCGGGCCGGCUCGGCGCGCGUCUCGCAGACCAGCAGCGGCACGCAGAGCCCCGUCGGCAGCGCCGGCGGCAGCCUGGGCGGCACCGGCCGCAGCCUCGGACACCGGCCCGCCUACCUGGGCUGGCGCAGCCAGGAGCGGCUCAGCCAGGGCUACCAGACGCCGGUCGACCGGCUGGCCAGCAGCUUCGGACGCAACCGCAGUGAGGGCAACCUGAGCGGCGCGCGGCUGAGCCUACCGCGCGACCGCAGCGCCGGCAGCAGCGGCUCGGUCGGGCCGCCGCGCCAGCAGCCCGACCUGGACGUGCACAGCUCGAUCAAGGAGGUGACCAGCGCCAUAGUGCAUUACUUUGACUCGACGGCGUCGUCCAACGGCGGCAGUGUGAGUGACAUGGGCCGCUCUGGCUCGCCGCGGCCGCGGCACCGCUCGCCGGCCGGCGCGCGCGGCUCGCGGUCCGGCUCGCCGUCCAGGGCGCGGCCCGUCUGGCUGGAGACGGCGUUCGUCGGCACCAAGCCGACGGACGAGCCGACGACGCCGGAGGCGGCCGGCGCCCCGACGCCCCGCCGCCGCCGCCCUCCAGCGCCCCGCCGCCCCGCUCCGAUGCCAAGGGCGACCAUUACGAGCUCGCACCUUCGUCUCGUGUUGAUGCUCGUGUCGAGCAGGCUUAGUGAGCAAGGGGGCGGGCGGCCGGCGCCGGCGGCGCGGCGCGGCUCGUCCGUCACUGUGGAGGACGUGCUGGACUCGCUGCUGGCGUUGCCGGGCGGCGCGACCGGGGCCCCGCGGCGCAGCAGCUCCACCAGCAGCAAGGGAUCGCGGCGGGGCGCCUCACCCUCGCGUGUGCUCUACGAGACGUCGCUGGUGGGCACGCGGUACUACGACUGCUCGCCGUCGGCGCCCGAGGAGGCGCCCAGCCGGAACGGGCACCUGGCGAACGCGGCACCGCCGCCGGCGCCGCGGCCCAACGCCAUCACGACCGUGGCCUGGGUUAACAGCGAGCCGGAGCCGCACUGGGAGGAGCUGUACGGCGGAAGCAAGGGCAGCGCCGACUCGGGCAGCGCCGAGCACAAGCACAGCGGCAGCACCGACAACUGCGCCUCGAGCGGCGACUCGCUGCAGGCGCAGGUCAGCUCGCCGACGGCCGAGCGCCGGCUCAGCGACUCGAUCGACGGCCACAAGGUGCGCUUCGAUGUGUCAGACGACGACUGGCAGCCGGGCGAGGCCGGCGAGCGCGAGGUGACGCUGGAGGAGCUCGGCCGCCGGCUGCCCCUCGCCGACGACGUGUCCGACGUCGACGCCGACACGGACCGCUCGGCCGCCACCACCACGCCCGUCGAGAACGACGUCAAGGAGGGCGACGAGGGCGUCGAGCCCGACUCGUUCAUCACCAUCAAGUGCAAGAACUCGAUGUGCCUGCGGACGACCAACCUGACCGAGGCGAAGACCGUGUUCAAAAUGUGCCACAACUGUGAGACGUUCUAUUGCUCGCGCGACUGCCGGCGCGCGCACUGGGACCGCCACCGGCGCGUGUGCGCCGCCAUUCGCGCGCAGACCAUGUCCAAGCAGAUCAUCAUGAAGAUCAAGGAGGACGAGAACCUGCUGCUGGAGUUCUCGCGCACGGCGCGGCAGGGCUUCCUCACUCACGGGCGCGGUCUGCUGAAGGUGUUCUUCCCCAGCCCCGAGUCGGCCGACGACUUCCUGGCCAAGGAGAACGGCACCGCCUCCGAGGCGCUCUACAUCAAGUGGCAGGACCUGCUGCCGCGCGAGAUGGGCCACCUCGUCUACCGCGAGAUCAUCGACCUGUGCAAGGCGUACAACCCCGAGUCGCGCCUCGUGCUCUACAUUGUGAUUUGCGUGUUUAACGAGAUGCCUCUGAGCGGUGCGGCCAAGUGGGAGCGCCAAAUCAUCCCGCGCUGCGCCAAACUCAAACUGAGCCCGCUGCUGGGCGGCCGCUCGCCGCAGCGUAAGCCGUCGCCCAAGAUCACGCGUGAGCUCGACGAGCUGGAGACGCUGAUCCUAAUCUCGCUGCCAAACUCGCUGCCGCACAUGGCGGCGGAGCGCGCGCGCGAGGUCAACUUCCUGAACAUCCUGCGCCACCUGCGCGCGCGCGGUGCCAGCUUACGUCGCGACUACCCGGAGGUGUACAACAGGCUGUGUGCCUACUCGGAGAAGAACGUGCCCUUCUCGCCCACCACCAUCUACCCCAAGGACACGGGCACGGGCAACACGUUCAUGUGUCUCAUCAUGCCCGACGCGACGCCGGAGCAGCUGCUGAAGAUCCCGCGCGACUGCGGCAAGGUUAAAACGAUCAAUAUCAGCCUGGACCGGGCCGAGUGACUGGAGGCCGGCCUCGCCCCCAUCCCGGCCGUCGAGCCUCGUCGCUAACUGUUCUUGUUAUUGUUGGUGAUUUUUAAUAAUUUAGUACACAAGCAGCGAGCAGGUGUUAGCAGCCUCAUUCGGUGUCGCUGUGGGUGCUGUAGCCUUGCGCGCGCCAGUCGG